AUGGCGGACGAAGCGGUGUUGGAGGAGGUGAAGGUCUUCGGGUUGGCGCCGCAAGAAGACGAGGCGGCAGCUGUGGCCGAGAAAGUGGUGGAACUCUGCGUGUUGCAUGGGCUGAAAGAGAAUGAACUGGCUGAUGAACUGGUUGCCUAUGCAGCUGGGAAGCAAGUUUUCCUCCUGACAGUGGACUUCCUGAACACCUUUGAGCAUGAAGCACUUAAUAAGAGACCUGCAAAAUCUCACAAGAGGAAGGAGAAUCGCUAUUCUGGGAUCAAAGACAUUAACACAAUUCAGGAACUUCUUGAUGUCGAGGAGGAGGAAGAGAAUCUUCUUGAUGCCUAUGCAACACCAUCAAAAGGCUCUCAGAAACGGGCUAUAACCACACCGGAGAACCCCCGUCCCAAGAGGACCGUUUCCACUCGCAGCCCCCACCUGUUGUUCUCUCCUAGCAGCUUUUCACCCAGUGCUACCCCUUCUCAGAAGUACAGCUCUCGGGGCAACCGUGGAGAAGUUGUUACGUCCUUUGGCUCUGUGCAAGGCACUUCUUGGAGUGGAGACGGAGGCUCAACCGCCAGUGUAAAGUUGUUCGGUUCUGCUGAAGAUGCUCUCACCAAGCGGUACAAAUUCAUGUUUCAAAAGCUCCUGGAUAUCCGGGAAGUACUCUCCUGCAAGAUUGAAGAACUCGGUGAAGCACUGAAGGAACAUUACCAAAUAGAAGAGUUCUCCCCUUUGAUUGUCCCGACGCAGGAACCAGUGACUGUUCUGGGCCAAAUUGGUUGUGAUUCCAACGGGAAACUGAAUGCCAGGUCGGUCAUCUUGGAAGGAGAUCAAGAACACUCUUCGGGAGGACAAGUUGCUGUGGAUGUAUCAGAGCUUGCAGAAUACUCUCUUUUCCCGGGACAGGUUGUGGUUUUGGAAGGCACAAACAGUACCUGUGAACAACUGGUUGCAUCCAAGUUGUAUGAGGGGGUGCCGCUUCCCUUCUACAAGCCUACAAGUCCAACUGAAGGACCAGAGCAGCAGAUGGUCUUGGUGGCCUGCGGCCCUUACACCACUUCCGACAGCAUUACCUAUGACCCCUUGGCGGAUCUGAUUGAAGUAAUCAAUAAAGGCAGGCCGGACGUUUGCAUUCUGCUGGGACCUUUCCUUGAUGCGAAACACACCCAAGUUGAGAAGUGUCAGCUCACGGCCUCGUUUGAAGAUGUCUUCAAGCUGUGUAUGAAGUCAGUAAUAGAGAACACAAGGAGUGCCGGCUCACGCCUUGUCUUCGUCCCUUCCCUGAGAGACGUGCACCAUGACUGCAUCUACCCACAGCCGCCUUUCAGCUGUUGCGAGCUGUCGAAAGAGGACAAGCAGAGGGUGCUGUUUGUCUCUGACCCCUGCACUCUGGAAAUCAAUGGUGUAGUCUUUGGCCUGACUUCCACCGAUCUGCUCUUUCAUAUGGGUGCGGAAGAGAUCAGCAGUUCUUCCAGCGUCUUGGACCGUUUUUCCCGAAUUCUCAAGCACAUUCUGACUCAGCGGAGUUACUACCCACUCUACCCUCCUGCGGAAGAGAUAAACAUUGAUUAUGAGAAGUUCUAUCACUAUGCGCAGCUGCCUGUCACACCAGACGUGUUGAUCACGCCAUCGGACCUGAGAUACUUCAUUAAGGACAUCCUUGGGUGCAUCUGCAUGAACCCAGGCCGGCUAACGAAAGGCCAGGUGGGGGGCACUUACGGCCGUCUGUAUGUCCAGCAGCAGGUCCACAGAGAGGAGCGGAAGAGCCCAUGCAUCGCUGCUCAGGUUGUCAAAAUCUAGCCUGGGUACCCACCG